AUGCCCAUUACUCUUGUGUUUAUGCUUACGCUACUCAGCCUUUCACUAGCCUCGGGUGUCAGCGGCCUCGGCAAGUCGGUGCGCUGGCACAAGGUGCUGCCCUCUUCGGUCUGGCGCCUCGUCGGCUGGUUGAGGAGCCUGCUUAACGCUGACUUUACGGUGUUGGAGAAGAAGACGACGUUGACGGCGAUGCUGAGAGAUGCGGGUGAGCAAAAAAUUCCGCGUCACAUUGCCGUCAUAAUGGAUGGAAAUAGACGCUAUGGAAAGGCCAAGUACGGAGCAGGCGUGCGAGGACAUGCGGAUGGCAGCAAGACGCUUGUCAAUUUCACGGACUGGUGUAUCGACGCGGGGAUGCAGGCACUUACAGUGUAUGCUUUUUCUACAGGUGAGCUGAACUGGAAUCGCGAGCAGUCGGAGGUGGACGCACUGAUGAAUUUGUUCAACCAGUUCAUGCAUGAGAUUGUGCCUGAGGCGCUGAAGAGGGAUGUACGCGUGCGUGUCUUGGUAUCUGAUGGACGUAAACUGCCUGCAUAUAUUGUUGAGGCGAUCAAGGAGAUCGAGACUAAGACGCAGGCUUGCUCCAGAUUCAGCCUCAACCUCUGCGUCAGGUACGAUAUCCGCUAUGGCGCACGAGAUGAGAUUGUAGGUGUCUGCAGGAAGAUCGCCACAGAGGUUGCCAAGGGCGAGGUCUCCGUUGAGGAUAUUAAUGAGGACUUGCUAAGUCAGCGCAUGCUCACAGCCGGGCUCCCAGACCCGGACAUCCUCAUUCGUACGUCGGGCGAACUUCGUAUCAGCAACUUUCUCCUGUUUCAGAUCGCGUACACGGAGCUGAUCUUCAUGGAUAAAAUGUGGCCCGAGGUGACGAAGGACGACGUACAGGACAUCAUCAUUGAGUUCAACCGCCGUAAGCGCCGCUUCGGCAAGUAAGCAACAUCAUUGUCAUUUCAAGACAUAUAUGGCGACACUAGAGCGUUGCCCCCCAUGCAUUGAGCGUUCAACUCGAACUUUUCGACGCCGGUUGAAACGACUCGACGGACGCGAAAACGACAAAAACUGGGCAAAUUACUUGAACAUACUAACGGCUUGUCUAAGUACGAAAUACCUAUACUUU